CCUCAUCCUCCCCCCGCACAUCCUCGCCCCCCUUACACCAGGCCGCGACGUCACUCUGCAUUUGAUGAUGUCACUGGAUGCUGCGGGUGCCCGCUCCUCCGGCCAUGAUGCUUCAACUCGGUGCCCACGUCGCGCUUCUGCUGCUGGUCUUCGCCUCUCACUCCUUCGUCAGCGCCGUCAGCAGGCCAGUCAUCGGUGUUCUGGUGGAUCGGGAUUCUCGUGCAGCGGAGCGGGUGGCGACACACGUCCUGGAAGCCGUCCUGCUGCCUCUCAGCCGCGAAAUUCCCCUCGAUCUCCGACUGUUCCAUAGACCUCUCAGGGGCUCCACGUCUUCUUCAGUGACUCGUUCAGGUGGCGGGGGCAGCGGUGAGGGUGGCGAGGUGGCUGGCUGGUUUGCAGUGACGCGAUGUUGUUCCGAUGUCCUCCUUGGCCUCUGUCAUGGUAGCGUCGAGGUGCCGGUUCUAGGCCUACACCUGGCGGGCGAGAGGUGUCAUGGGGUCCCCGCUGUUCCGUUAACCCCAGCCUGUCCUCCCUCCAAGGAUUUAAGGACGAUGGGUGGGGUCGAGGAGUUCAACAGGAUGAGAGGAAGUGAAGGAGUAGGAGGUUUGGAGGCUUCCCUCAUACGCUCUUGGGUGAAAGCGGUCGUCGAAGGGAGGGAGCCCGUGAGAACUAGGCUAUACGGCAUCGACCUCCUGCCAAUACCCUCUUCCUCACCGUAUUCAUCGUUCUCUGACUCCCCCUCGCCCGUUUCUUUGCCCUCGGCCUCGUCUUCCUCCUCUUCCUCGCUCAUUUCCUUCACCCAUUCGUCCUCACACCUUUUCAAUUUACCAUCCUCUUCCUCCUCCUCCUCCUUCUCGUCGUCUGUCUCCAAGUUUGCUCCUCUCCACCGGCUCCUCCGCAACAGUACUUUGAGGACACCUCAGCCACGCCGCAGGACGAGGCGGCAGGCAGUGGUGGUGUUGGGGGAGGACGGGAGCGCGGAGGUCCCUGACAUGUUCUACAGCCUGAGGGUCAAACAGAGAGCCAUGAAGGUGCUGAGCGGGACUGUCAUGACCGUCGCCAUGCUGCACCGUCCGCCCUACGUAUCGCUGGUGACGGAGGGGAGGACCAUCGUCAAGGCCACGGGCAUCCUCCUGAACGCCCUUGACACCUUCUCCGCGACCUUCAACUUCUCGUACGUCCUCAAGCUGCCAGACGAUGACCAGUGGGGGGCGCUGAAGGACGGACGCUGGACGGGCAUGGUCGGGGAGGUGCAUAGGAGGGAGGUGGAGAUGGCGUUGGGGCCCACGUCGAUCACCGAGGCGCGAGAGAAAGCCAUCGACUUCACCGUGCCAUUCGACUAUGAGCCUUGGGACAUCCUCAUUCCAGAGUCCAUUGUCACGGUCGACCUCACGGCUUAUCUCUUCCCCUUCGCCAACCUGGUGUGGAUCGGGAUCAUGGCCUCGACGCUGUUGGUGGGGACGCUGGUAUGGAUCGUCUCUCGGCUGUUCGGGGACAAAGGCCUCCUGUACCCCGCCAAGAAGUCAUGCAAGAACUACACGUACUCGCAUUACCUCCUGGACAUGUUCGGGUGCCUCAUACAGCAAGCUAACAGACAGCCGCAGACAAGCCCCAUGAGGAUGCUGGCGGCCUGGUGGUGGGUCUUCUGCGUGGUGGUUAUCGCCUCCUACAGCAGCAAACUCAUCUCCUCCCUCACCGUCCGCUUCACCGAGCCGCCAGUCAAGUCGCUGAAGGACCUGGUGGAGUCCCGCAAGCUCCUGUGGACCUACCUGGCAAACUCAGCGAUGGAAGAGGUGUUCAAGUUUUCAGCGCCCGACACCCUCUUCGGCAAGGUGGGUCAGUUGCACAAGGAGCGGCCAGGGAUGCUCGUCUACAGCUUCGAGGAGGGCGUGGCGGCGGUGCGCUCCAAGAAGUUCGCCUACUUCGAGGUGAGGGAGGCGGAGGCGAGAAGUUUGUUGUGUAGUGUUACUUUGGGUUUGCAGUGUUAGAUGCAAACCUCAGGCCGUUGAUGA